GGAGGUCGCUGUCUGCUCAGCUGCCUUCGGCAUGAACCCCAUCCAGAGUUUCCACUGUAAACUGCGGAGUCUGGCCACCGUGCUGGAUGGCGAGACGGCCCGGCUGCUGCGAGCGCUGGACGGGGAGGACAGCGAAGACUUUGAAGAUUCUUCAGCGAGAAUUUUGUGUGACCUUUAUUCAGAAGUCCAGACUCUAAAGGAUGAUGUUAAUGCACAUCUUGAUAAAGCAAGAUUGGAAAGUCGAGAAAGCACACAUUUCAUAAAGGCAGCAAAAGUACUGAUGAAAAAAAAUUCAGCAGACAUCAUAAAACUGAGAGAGUUUUUCCAGAAGUACGGAUACCAAGCACGUGACAAGGAGGAUUCAGCAUGUGAGCACAGAGUAAGUAACUCCAGCCCAGGGUUAGCUGUGUGUAAAGAUACUCAAGAGCCUGGUGUGAAGCAGGAGCUGUCUGAGCCCCGUGUUCCGCGCGGUUCUGCUCCUGAGGAGCCCCUGAGGAGCCCACAGCUGUCAGACUUUGGACUUCAGCGGUACAUGGUUUCCCAAGGCCCAGCCAAUCCUCGCCAAGAGACUGUCAGCCUCAAAGAAGACCGUGCAUCUGAAACCACUCCUGCCAAAGACCCCUCUGUCCAGGUGUUGAAGACGCCUAGAUGUGCUCUGAAGAUGGAUGAUUUUGAGUGUGUAACUCCUAAAUUAGAACACUUUGGUAUAUCUGAAUAUACGAUGUGUUUAAAUGAGGAUUAUACAAUGGGACUUAAAAAUAUGAAGAGUAUUAAAAGUUCCCCUCUGAGUGGUGUCGGUGGAGAAGCUGUAGAGACAGGGCCCGUGACCAGUGAUAAUUCCUUUGCCAUUCCUGGUCCCAUGAUCCAGCAGCUGGAAAAAAAUGAUGUGGAAUACAUAAAUUCACCAUUGCCACCUAAGUUCUGCACUCCUGGCUUGAAAAUUCCUUCUUCGAUGGACAGUACAGAUCUGGUGUCUAUAGAUUAUCCACUAUCAAAACCAAAUAGUUCACCAACUGAUUUGGAAGAUAAAGAUUGUGCCCCAUUAAUUUUAAAUUCAGAUGAAUGCUAUCAGAGUUUUGCAGACCCCCAUUCUCCAACAAUUACUUCUUAUGAAAAUUUCACAACACCGUCUCCUCCGAAAGUCACUGCAAUUCCAGAAGACAUCCUCCAGAUGUUAAAGUACAACUCCAACCUAGCUUCUCCCAUUGAUGUUAAAGCGAUGCCACUGAGGAGAGGCUUCACGUCCAAGGGGCAGAGCACCCGGGGCGCUGCCAACAAGGAGAACUGGUAACAGUGAGAAUUCUACUGUGGAUACAUCUGAUAAAUACAGAAGCUGGAAAGUGAGCUGAACUGAAGUUCUCCAAAUUCUAACUGAUUAACAGAGUAGCAGAGGUGGAGAGGGUUUCCUCCCAGGGUUUAUCUUACUUCAUUCUUACAUGAAUGUUUCUGUUUCACCACACUGUGAUGGCCUCUCCAGCUUGACCACCCAGCAGAUCCUGAUUCUACCUGGAAGAUUCUGAACACCUGUGCUGAGGCAGAAGCCGUGGGAACAUCUGGAAUCUAGAGCUUGGCCUCAGAGCCCAGGGUUCUUCUGAUCCAAGAACAACUAGAAAGCAAUUCUCCAGGUUCAUGGCAGUGCUGCUGGGAGAGCUUUGUGCUGCAGCCAGGUAGAGAUGAAAAGCUCUUCUGUAGGGACCAGCUACAGUUUUGAGAAGUAACUGGCUUACUACCAACUGACUUACUAGUCUUAGGAAUUUUUUUCUCCCCAAUACAGUGUUUCUCUGUGUAGCUAUGGCAGUCCGGAAACACUCAGACCAGGCUGGCCUUGAACUCAGAGAUCUUCCUGUUUAUGUGCACCACCACCAUCUGACAGCUUUAGGAAAUUUUGUGUGGCAUAAAGAUUACUCUGUAAUUGUGCAUUGGAAAUCAAGUGGAGGGCUGGAGAGAUGGCUUAGUGGUUAAGAGCACUGACUGCUCUUCCAGAGGUCCUGAGUUCAAAUCCCAGCAGCCACAUGGUGGGUGGCUCACAACCAUCUGUAAUGAAAUCCAAUGCCCUCUUCUGGUGUGUCUGAAGACAGCUACAAUGUACUUACGUACAUAAAAGAAUCAAGUGAGAAAAGUCCAGGAUAAUUCUAAGUGUAUUUUUUUGUUGUUGCUGUUGUACAUAAUGUAAAAUAAGUGAUUUUCAGAAUAAAACUCUAGUCCACCUUUC